AGUUGUAUGACUUAUUACAACGACAGCAUUGCCUAUUCUAACCGAAUAGAGAUAGUUUUGUAUCGUUUUUUUAGUCCACGAGACCACGGAAUCCGCGACAACGCGGUUUAAUUGUGAAAUGUUGACGACACCGGAAAUGCGGUGUUCUCGUUUUGAAGCGACGGGUCCAUGAACAGCCUCAGCUGUGGUCGCCGUGGAAGACGGGGAUUUAUAACACCAGGGUACGGGUCAGACCAGAGGCAUAAGACGGACCGUGUUGCUAUAUUCUGCGGACUGGUUGUGACGCGACGUGAAGAAUACUCCGACGACAGUGGACCUACCAGGCGCUAACAGUUUAUUGGCUUCCGAAUAAACACUAUCCCCCGUGAUGUUAUAUCCCAUUCCCUGUUUCCUGGUAUCCGUGGUCGGCAGUUCCAAGCAAUAACACUUAGUUUCACCAGCACCAACCGAUUAAGUCCUGGGCGAAAGGCAGACAUCAUGUCUUCUAGGGAGCGUCGGCCCGAUAUCUACAUCAAGGCGGAACCAAGCAGUCCAGAGGGAGGUGGCGGAGGUCGCACCAGUCCUGGAGGUGCCUCCUCAGACUCCUCUCACAGCGGCGGUGGCGGGACCCGGGGUGAUGGACCGAAACGCUACUCUCCACCCCUCUACACGCCAGCCUUACGCUGCCACUUCAAAGAUGAGGUUGGCGAUGUGGCUGAUGAGGGCUCCGCUGGAAAUGGAGCUGGCAGAUGCAAGUAUGCCCUCAGCACACUUCCAAAGAGGCUGUGCUUGGUCUGUGGCGACGUUGCUUCCGGUUACCACUAUGGUGUGGCGUCAUGUGAGGCCUGCAAAGCCUUUUUCAAAAGGACCAUUCAAGGUAAUAUUGAAUACAGCUGCCCUGCGUCUAAUGAGUGUGAGAUCACCAAAAGGCGCAGGAAGGCUUGCCAGGCCUGUCGCUUCACCAAGUGCCUCAAAGUUGGCAUGCUAAAGGAGGGUGUCCGUCUUGACCGUGUCCGGGGAGGUAGACAGAAGUACAAGAGGCGCCCUGAGGUGGAGAAUGCUACAUACCAGACUGCCCCCCUUCCCCUGACAAAGGAGAAUGAAAAAGUUUUAAUAAGCCUAACCAAAACCUCAGAUAAGAGACCUGGUGGGAGCUUCAACAUACCAAUUACAGGGUCCUCCAACAUCAUCGUGUCACACCUUCUUGUGGCCGAGCCUGAGAAGCUCUUUGCUAUGCCUGACCCUCUGCAGCCAGACACAGCCCAGCGCACCCUCACCACACUGUGCGACCUUGCUGAUCGAGAGCUGGUGGUCAUCAUUGGCUGGGCUAAGCACAUUCCUGGCUUUCUGUCUCUCUCACUGGCUGACCAGAUGUCAGUGCUGCAGUCCGUGUGGCUGGAGGUGCUGGUGCUGGGUGUAGCAUACCGCUCCCUUGGCUGUGAAGAUGAGGUCGUUUUUGCUGAGGAUUUUGUCCUUGAUGAGGAAAUGUCUCGUGUUGCUGGACUGACGGAACUUAACGCGGCAAUCAGUCAACUGGCCCGCCGUUUUCGGACGCUUAAUGUGGACCGGGAGGAAUUUGUCAUGCUGAAAGCCAUCGCUCUCACAAACUCAGACUCUGUUUACAUCGAGGACAUGGAAGCUGUGCAGAAGUUGCGGGACCUUCUCCACCAGGCUCUGCUGGAGCUAGAGUGCCAGCGCCGCCCCGACGACCCUCAACGGGCAGGACGUCUCCUUCUAACAUUGCCUCUCCUCCGACAAACUGCUGGCCGGGCUCUUACAACCUUUUACAGCAUCAAGACCCGUGGUGGUAUACCCAUGCACAAACUAUUUUUGGAGAUGCUGGAGGCCAUGAUGGACUCGCCCUAGAGGGGACUGAAAGAAGACGUGACGCCGAGAGAGACGGAGGCGGCUGAAGUGAAUUAAAGGGAGAACAAAAGGAUUCGAUAGAGGAUUUAAUGCAGAAGCAAUGGCCCCUUCCCCAGAAAGGGGAAGACGUUCAUGAACAUAAGAGGCCUAAAUAAUUAUUUUCCCAAAUGGGAAUUUGUUCAUUUAAGACACAUGAGCCUGCCAAACUUUGGUAACUACAAAACUCAAGUGCAGCGUUUUGGAAAUGGUGACGAGGAACUAAGACAUAACACAAAUGCCAAGUUGCUUCAGAACUCUUUGUCAACCAUUUUCAUGCUCUUUCACAGCUCGACAUGCAGUCUCAUCACCACCUGAAACUGACAGAUGUGGCUUCUGAACUGUUGGGGAAAAAAAAGACCUAACCUAACUCAUGAAAGCCAUAAAAACAUAUCGAAGCGAUACCUGAAGGGUCCAGCAACGUGUCAUAUUUGACAUGCACAUGGGGCGCUUGUAUUUAAUCUUGUUUAAUGUGCAGUUUUAGGAAGAUUUGUAGGAAUUAAUUGCAAUAUGUAAAAGCAAUAUCAUAACAUAACUCUUCUGUCACAUUGAAAAUGUGGAUAAAAAUGGCCAGAAAUUGAAAAUACAUGUUAUUGUGUGUGGGUGUACUUGUGUGUACGAGCUUCUCUCACCUGGCUAAAGUACAGAUUUAGUUUUAAACAUGACUUGUUCUUUGUGGUUUAUGGUUGCGUGGAUUCAAGGUACUGGGGACAGAGGAAGGCUGCAUUUUUAUGACAAUAUUCUGUUUAAGGUACAAGUGAUGAUUGACGGUCAGAACAAGAGAAGGUUGAGUGCAAACCAUUUACAGAGAGACGGCUUGUAACAGCUUGUUAAUACACAGAAAUAUGGCUUCCAUUCAACAUUCAUUUGUGUGUCUGUAUGCAGUCAAAACCAAUGAGCUACCUUGAGUUCAGGGAUGAACACUAUGACAGUACCGUCCAUGUGGCAACACAAUGGAUGGAAAAGAAAUGUUUUUUGCCUCAUCUGCUUUUUGAUUUUGUUUUCUUAUGUCCUGCCAACCACUCAAACUACUGAUUCGACGUCUUUCUGCAGCUGUGCUGAAGACUGGUCUGACCUGUCAGCCGUGUUUGAUCUGUGGGGUAUAUAGUCCGCCCCGUUGUUUUUGUGUGAUUUCCGUUUUGUUAGGUGUGCAAGAAGAGAUGGUCGCAGUGUUGAGGGCCGCUUGGUAAAAGAUCUCACUUUAUUUCAUUUUGAGAUCCCGCAUUUGUGGGCACGUGUACGUCUGUUUUGAUUCUAUGUGCCGUAGUGGGCUCAGGGCAACAAGAAAUGCAAAAUAUGCAACACCUUCCCUGUGGUUAUAAGUAACUUUGAUGCCCUCGCUAUCGUUCAGUGGGUUCCGCACCUGCUGCUGAAUCAGUGAUUUUCUGCCUCACAUACAUUGCACUGCUCAAAUCACUGAUGUCAAAAUCAGCUCUCAAUGACAAUAUUUAUUGGCCAAAGGGCCAUUGUUGGUGUUAUAAACGUGUACCAUUUAAAUGUACAAAGAUGUGCAUUUUAUAAAGAAAAAGCCAGCAAACGUCAUCAAGCCCCCGGAUGGUGACACUAUCUGUGCAGCUUCCAGCAUUCAGACGUGCGUUUUUCUCUGUACAGGGGUUUUGAAUUCCUUUUCUGUGCUCCAAUGUAGCUUAUCUUUUAUGGACAUUAAAGGCUGUAACUUGAGCUGUCAGUGCUGAAAGACAUUUUAAGGGUAGAAACAACUUUGGAAUGAAGCUCACCUGUUAGAUGAAGACAACGGAUUUGUCUUAGAUUAAAAUCCAUCCAAACCAUAUUAUAUAAGGCUUUAUAUGUAUCAAAGCAUCGGUCCCAUUUCCAAUGUACUUUAAACACAGCCUACAAUGUGAAGCUACUUAAAGGAAGGUGUUAACAGUUUAAGCAGUCAAGCGAUCAUUGAUGCAGAAAUAGUUUAACAUUAGCAUAGAAAUAUGUUCUAGGUUUGGGUGGGGGCGGGGUUGAUUGUGCAGUGUCACUGUAUUGUAGUUUCUAUAUCAAAUUAAAUGAGCAAUACGAUAAAUUACCAAACCUCACACAUUUCCUUGUAUAGCUAGUGUACAUUUACUAUUGCCAGUUAUGAGACAUAGCUACAUAACAUAUUAUUUAAAGGUUCAAAUCAAUGUUUGUACUUUUAAAGAAUAUUUAAAUGAUUAAAUUCUAUUUUUUACUCAAUUUACUGUUGUUUGUUGACACUGCUUUAUUUUUUUUGUGUGAUACCGGCAGUGUGUGUAUGUGUAGUUUGUUUGUUUUGUUUUCAUUUAGAUAACAGUUUGAUGUCCUUGUCUAAACAUGUCCACAUGAAAAGUCACUGUGAAGAAAAAGUGAUAUCUUCCACUGUCUGCUGCAUCGGAAGUGGGUCAUUGUAGGUGCUUUGUGUUGUGUAAUAAACAGACACACCACCACAUACCACUACUCACAUGUCUGCCU